AUCUCAAUUUCUCUCUCGGUCUAAAGACAUUUAGUCGAAUCCUGAAGCAGAUCUCUCGUGAAAGAUACCCUUUUGGGACGGUGGUAUAUUACGGUAUUCGAAUCAUAGACUUGGACCAAGACUUUCUCAGCAUUUUGCUCGGUCAAUCAUUUCAUUUUCAUGAAGAGAGAUACUCAUUCCUAUCUUAUUACAAUGUAAAUAAUGGAAUUGGAAGCAGUGUAAUGUGAGGAAGAAGAAGAAGAAGAGACAGCGAAAACUCUCGAAGAUAUGUUGAUGCUCGAAUUGAGAGACGGUGAUUGUUAUCCCAAGAUCUUGGUUGCUGUCAAUAUAGUUCUUGCUUGUAUCGAUGCCUCAAUAGCAGUUCUCGCCUUUUCUCAGUUGAUAAGAAUCCAUUCAAGGAGUUCAAAUCUUGGUUGGACUCGCCAAAAGGUGUUUCAUCUGUUGAUUGGAGCUUCUAAUAUUGGUUAUCUUUUAUAUUUUGUUGUAACCCUUGUUGCUGCUUGUAAUAAUUGGGUAUGCUGGUCUCAUUCAUGUGGCUUCAUAUUCAUGGCAUGUCCCAAGAUUCUGUUCCUUGCAGCAUUCCUUUUACUUCUUUCAUUCUGGAUUGACCUUUGCCAUCAGCCAAAUGACGAUGAGGAUGAAGAGGAAGAGUAUAGUUCUCAGGAAACUUUGUUGGAAGGGCGAAAGGAUAAACCAUAUUCAAAUGCUCACAGUUGGAGAAAGUGUUGUUCUUUCCGAGCCAUCCAUGUGGGAAGCCGCCAAAAAGUUGUUAUCUUGGUCACAGUGGCUAUUUUCAUCUUCAUGAUUGUAGCUGCUGCGCUAAUUUGGGUUGGAAGGGGAAAGAACCCUAUUGAAUCUUCAGUUGUAGCCAGGGUUUAUGUAGAUCUUUCUGCUAUAGCAAGCGUUUUGUUAGGGGGAGCAUUAGCUUGUUACGGUCUCAUCUUAUUCUUGAAAAUGAGAAGAGUGAGGUCCGAAAGAGCUUCAUCUGAGAUGUGGAAGGUUGCUGGUUUGGCUGUUGUAUCUGUUAUAUGUUUCACUUCAGGCGCACUGGUUGCUCUUUUCACUGACAUACCUAUGCUGUAUCACUGGCACAAUCAGCAUAUUAAUAUUGCCGUCACAUCUCUUCUGCUGAUUUUAUACUAUUUCAUAGGUUCAUCUGUACCAUCGGCAUUCGUACUAUGGGUGAUGAGAGAACUCCCACCUUCAGCUGUUGCUCAUAUACAAGCAGAAACAAGAACCAUAGCUUUCAUUCAUGAUCCUACAGCUCCGGUGCAUCCUCAAAGAUGGACAGCUGCUGCUAGUUCACAGAACCAGGUGUCAAAAGCAAGCCCAAUUUAAUUCCUAAUUCUUCAUGGAUUCCUCUCAUAUAAAGGCACUAUCUCAGAAAAGCUUCAGAAACUAUGCAGAAAAAAAAUCCUCUGUGCUGUCUCAGAGAGUCUGGCUGAAUCCCUCUUUUCUAUACAUGAUUUGGUUAUAGGUCAAAAAGUGCAAGCUGCAGCUGUAAGGCUUAUGUUACCGUAAAUUUUGACAUAUAUAGUUAUGUACAUAACAAAUUCCCCAUUGGAAAAAAAAAAUCUAGGGUGUUUUGAGGCUGUUCUUGACACGAUGAAUACAUGAUUGAAUUCAAUUUUAACAUGCUUGUUUGAUUUUGAAAGAAACUUUAUCAACAUUCUUUUUUCUUCUUCUUCUUUAAUUUGCUGCAUAUUAUUAUUAUUA